AUGAAGCCAGCAGUAGCAGUUCCUGCAACAGCUUUACUUGUUUAUCGCGCCUGGUCAAGGAAAUCGUUGACCCCGACCGGAAUCUUCUUUGCUACACUUACAGCUAUCAUCCAUGCGAUUCAUCCGUCUCCGGCGCCCUUCGCGUUCUUGGUUAUCUUCUUCUUGGGCGGGACCACGGUGACAAAGAUCAAGCACGAUGUCAAGGCGAAGCUGACAGUUUCUGCCUCCGGAUCAGCAGGUGGUGAAGGGCCGCGAACCCAUAUUCAGGUUCUAGCCAACUCGGUGGUCGCGUCGAUCUUGAUACUAUUGCAUACUCGGCAGCUUUAUCAGAACAAAGGGCAUGAACCUCCGUGCUUUGCAUACGGUGGGGACUUGUUGAUGGUUGGAAUAGUUGCUAAUUAUGCUGCUGUGGCCGCGGAUACUUACUCCAGCGAGCUCGGAAUCCUCUCCAAAAGCUCCCCGCGGCUGAUAACCUCCCUUACCCUUCGGAAAGUGCCUCGCGGAACAAACGGUGGCGUCACCCUUGUUGGCCUUGCUGCUGGAGCUUUGGGAGCUCUCACAAUUGCUUUAACUUCUGUAUUAUUGCUUCCAUUUUGUCCGGUAGGUACUCUUGCGAAAUUUACAAAAACCGGACUCGACGGUGGACGAGCAUGGGGUUCGAGGGAGAAGAUACUUUGGGUGAUGGCUGUGACUGUCUGGGGGACGCUAGGUAGCGUGCUAGAUAGUGUCCUGGGUGGAUUGUUGCAAGCGACCGUUGUUGAUAAAAGGACCGGCAAGGUAGUUGAGGGGGAAGGGGGAAGCAAAGUCCUCGUUCAUCCUGGAGCAGUUGCACGGCCUGGCCCGGAAGACACAUACAUUCGCCAGGGUAGUCAGUUACGGGUCACAGAGGAUAUUGCAAAUAUAGUUGCACCUCGACCACUCCGGCAUGAGAUGGAUGUUUCUGGCAAAAUUGCUGGUGGUCCAGCUGAUGUGGAACAUGAGAGUAGAAGGAUUCAAGCAGGACACGAUGUUCUGGAUAAUAAUGCUAUUAACGUACUGAUGGCCGCCAUUAUGAGCAUAGGAGCGAUUACUGUCUCUAGUUAUCUAUGGGAUGCGCCCCUUGCUGGCAUAAUAUGA